UAUCACCAAAGAAAGCUGGACGACUUCAGGUGUUCAAAAUGUCCAUCGCCCAGGCUGCGGCCAAGGCCAUGCUAUCUGAUGCCCUGCUGCAGGACGGCCCCGGGAUAAACCGGAUCAGCCACCUGGAGCUCGAGCUUCCUCUGGACAAGGUCAUCAAGUUUGUGUCUGUCGGCCUUCCACUGAUGCUGGUGUGCAUGGCCUUCGCCCGCGAGAUCUCCCUGGGGCCUCAGAUCAGCUGUUUCCCUCCCAGCAAUUUCACCAUCAAGCAGGCCAGCUAUGUAGACACAUACUGCUGGGACUCCCUCAUGCAUCAUGAGUUUGACAGCGAUGGGAACUUUGAGGAGCGUUCGCUCUGGGUACACAAAAUGUUCCCUUACUCUCUUCUGGCCAUGGCGGUGUUGAUGUACCUGCCGGCUCUGAUCUGGCGCCAACUCGUCAUGCCCACACUGGCCUCGGACUUGCUCUUCAUAAUUGACGAACUGGACAAGUCGUACAACCGGUCAGUCCGACUGGCUCAGAACAUUCUGGAUAUGCGCCAGAACACUAAGAACCCCCUGACAUUUCAGGCCGAACUGAAAAGGGCCAAGAAGAAGCGCUACUUUGAGUACCCUCUACUGGAGAGAUACAUGCAGUGCAAACAAAACUCCUACUUCCUUGUUAGCAUGCUUUUCUUGCGGGGCUUCCUCCUCCUGACCUUCAUGACUGCUGCCUGUCUCUACCUGGCCUACUUCCACCUCUCCGCCUUCCUGCAGGACGAGUUCAGCUGCUUUGUCCGCACGGGCAUGCUGCGGGAUCAGAACUGGGUUCCUGAACUGGUUCAGUGUAAAAUGGUUGGCCAGUUGGUUUUUCAGGUUAUAAGCGUGGCCAAUGGUGCCAUCUAUGUCCUGCUGGCUCCUAUAGUCCUCUUUAGCCUGAUCCGGCUCUUUGUUUGGGACACCACCUUCGUCUCUGUCUACGAGGUCCUCCCAGCCCUGGAUGCUAUCAACCACCGUAGACUAGGCUGCCCACUGAAUGACCUCAAUGUCCUUCUGCUCUUCUUGCGUGCCAAUGUGGCACACCUGAAGUCCUAUGGGCAGGUGAGGGCAUUGUGCUCACUGGCACCACCACAGGUGGGCAACACCACUGCUGGGCAGGGCUUGAACGCAAUGCUGACCCAAGAGGAGAUGGAAGAGCGUGAAGAGGCUGCGAUGGAGCUGGCAGAGGAGGUGGAGGAGGCCAAGGAGGAAGGGAAGCUCAAUCUAGUAGAUAUCAUGACUGUUCUGGGAGCGGCACAGGGAAGAGUGGUAAACUGCAGCGAGAAGAGGCCUCUUGUGGAGCAGAAUAUGAGUCUUGAGCCAAACCACCAGGGGUACCAUGAGUUGAAGGAGACUGCACCAUUUAGUCAUUACUAGGCCUCCUACAGACCGAAUCAAUGUGAUAACAAUGGGGGGGUUGGCCACUCUCUACAGUAGAUUUUCAAGAGUACUGUACCCAAAAAGACAGUGGACACCAAUCAAGGGUUUCUGCGGUCUGAGGACAAAAAACUAUUCUACAAUUACAAGGCAAAUUGUUCCGGCUAUAAAUGUCAAUUUACAGCCAAUCUGGAUUUGUCAAUUUUCAGAAUCUGGGCAUCUUUAGUUGCUGCUGACGUUCUGUCUCUUAGUUUGGUCCCAUGUAUUUUUAAAGAAGCCAGUGAUUGCUGGUAGUAGAAGGAGAUUGUGCAAGUGAAAGUGGCUGUUGUA